AUGGACGCAGAGGCCGGCGAGGCUGGGCGUCAGCGUUCCCCCGCGGCGCCGUUCGUCAGGUCGUCAUCGCGUCUCGGCGCGGCCCAGAGCUUCGACGGCGCGCUCAGAGAGCUCAAGGAUCUGCGGUUCCAGCUGCACCAGGCGGCGGACUGCUGCGAGAAGGCGUUCCUCGGCACCGAGCAGAAGAGGCUGAUACUGGACAGUACCAAGAGCUACAUCUGCGAUGCGGUUGUGACGGUGAUUGAUCACCUGGGAACUGUUUCAUCCAAGCUCGAGCACCAGCUGGAGGACAAGACCGAGAUCACGCAAACAGAGCGAAAGAUCACCUUCCUGAAACAGAGGCUUCUGACAUGCGAACAAUAUGCAAUUUCUCUCAACCUAUUGGCUCUACGUAUGGACACCGGCGCCGUUCAGUAUCAUCGCCGUUACCUCUCGCAAUCUACGGAGACAAACAAUAAGGAAAAUGUUACUGAUUCAAGGGGUCACCCGGUGCCUGGAGCCAAUCGCACUCUGAAGCCAUAUGAUGUUGAGUCAACCAUCGGGAGGGAAGUUACCGUGGCAGUUGCAGACGUUGGAAACCCAGCAUCCAUAACAAGGUCAUUUUCCUUCAGAGCAGAGGAUGCUCACAUUGCUCCAGGCGUUCAUAAGAAGAAGAAAGCCAGCCACCGCAGCAACAUCUUGGCAUUCCUCAAGAGAAGUAAGCAGCAUGCAUAAGAGUGAGAACCUCCACUGGAUACAGUUAGAAAUGCAAUGGCCAUUGGUGUGACUGCCAGAUGUUUUGCUGACCAUGCGUGUCCAAUGCUCUGUAACAGAAUGUAAAUAUACUUUGAGUUAUGCACUCCUGCACGGAUGUGUAGAAAAUUAAAGUUCAGGGGCCAAGCUGAACAUUCUUGCAGCAUCAAGGGGGAACACACACGCUCAUUUAAUUUAGAUCAUGUACAAGGGACAGGUUUACUAGAUCGACAACAUGGUGUCCUUCUAGUUCGGCAGGCAUAGCUAGCCAAGCAUGUCCAAAAACACCCCUUUUGGUUCUCC